UGGCCAUCGAUCCCGACGUUCUCUAACUCUGCAAAAGGUCCCCCGCGGCACUCCGUCAAGUCCUCAAGCCCCUCAAAAUGGCCGCGGUUCAAGCUCUCCCCAAGGACGUCUCCAAGCUUGGUCAGGAAGUCAAGCUUUUCGGAAAGUGGGACACCCAGGAUGUUGAGGUCAAGGACAUCUCCUUGACGGAUUACAUCCAGAUCCGUCAUGCCGUCUACCUCCCCCACACCGCUGGCCGUUACGCGAAGAAGCAGUUCAAGAAGGCGCAGAUGCCUAUUGUCGAGCGUCUGGUUGACAGCCUGAUGAUGAAGGGUCGCAACAACGGCAAGAAGCUCUUGGCCGUCCGUAUCGUCGCGCACGCGUUCGAGAUCAUCCACCUCCUCAGCGACCAGAACCCCAUUCAGGUUCUUGUCGAUGCCAUCGUCAACACUGGUCCCCGUGAAGACUCCACCCGUAUCGGUUCGCAGGGUACCGUCCGUCGCCAGGCCGUCGAUGUGUCUCCUCUGCGCCGGGUCAACCAGGCUAUCGCUCUCCUGACCAUCGGCACGCGCGAGUCAGCGUUCCGCAACGUCAAGUCCAUUGCUGAGUGCCUUGCUGAUGAGCUCAUCAACGCGGCGAAGGGCUCGUCAAACUCGUACGCCAUCAAGAAAAAGGACGAGCUCGAGCGUGUGGCCAAGUCCAACCGGUAGACGGUUUGCUCUUCGGGGAGCCGAGCUAUGGCUAUAUGGGUGUUCUGGAUUUUCUCGCCGUUGCACUCCCUACUAUUAUCAUGACGCACCAUGUACCCCAUAUGUCUGCUUAUGGCAAGUUUGCUCAACGCUGCGUAAAGCUCCGUUUGUAUCAUUUCUCC